CUUCGAGUUGUCAGUUAGUUUCGGGCUGUCAAUUUGUGAGUGUAAAGUGCUUGUCAGUGGGUGGUUUGUUGUUUCGUGGUUUUAAUAUUAUCAUUAUAUUAUUUUUUCGCGAUUAUAACUGCAACUGGAAUAAAAAAAACCAGUUACCGAGACACGAUACGCGAUUCAAGAAAACAGCGACAAAUGUGGGUAAAAGAAUAAGAACUAAUUUCACUACGAAUACUAGCCCACCUUCCAAAGACCAUACGGGCUGCCCGGACUUUGCAUCACAACAAAAAAUGCCCGCAAAUAAUGACACAGAUCCGAUCCUGGACGAAACCAUCCCCUAUAGGGGUCUUGGUGAUCAAGAGGACAAUGAAUUAGAUCCAGAAUUGACCGGAUGCGGAGCGUCAGCAUGUUGCAACCCAGCGAGUCCAGUUCAUCGAUUUAUCGCCCUAAUAUUCAUGUGUCUCCUCGGAUUCGGAUCAUAUUUCUGUUACGAUAAUCCGGGAGCGUUACGUGAUCAUUUCAAACCUGAUUUAGAUAUAAAUACAACACAAUUCACAUUACUAUAUUCAAUUUACUCAUGGCCGAACGUAGUACUAUGCUUUAUCGGUGGCUUUUUAAUCGAUCGCGUCUUUGGCAUUCGAAUGGGCACCAUUAUUUAUUUAUUUGUUCUGCUGGUCGGACAAAUAUUAUUUGCAACAGGAGCUAUCUUAGAUAGAUUCUGGAUAAUGGUUGUGGGUCGAUUUAUCUUUGGUAUUGGUGCUGAAUCGCUGGCAGUAGCGCAAAAUAACUAUGCCGUUGUAUGGUUCAAAGGCAAAGAACUUAACAUGGUUUUUGGCCUUCAAUUAUCGUUCGCUAGGGUUGGAAGUACAGUCAAUUUCAUUGUUAUGGAACCACUCUAUAAAUACGUAAAUACAAUUUACAAGGGACAUUCAGCAAUUGGUGUGGUUCUUUUACUGGCCGCCCUCACCUGCGUUAUGUCAUUUAUGUGUGCUCUGGUCCUUGGGUGGAUGGAUAAGCGAGCACAAAGAAUUUUACGCCGCGUGGAUAAUCCAACCGGCGAAACAGCUAGAUUAAGUGAUGUUGUUACAUUCAAAGCUACUUUCUGGAUGGUAUCGAUAAUUUGUGUUGCUUAUUAUGUAGCGAUCUUCCCAUUUAUUGCUCUGGGAAAAGGAUUUUUCAUCAACAAAUUCCAUUUCACGCCAGAUCAAGCCAAUGCAGUCACGUCAAUUGUUUACAUUAUUUCUGCGGUUGCAAGUCCUUUAUUUGGAUUCAUAAUCGAUAGAGCAGGACGCAAUGUAACAUGGAUGUUACUAUCAAUUUCAUCAACCAUCGGAGCACAUUUCAUACUGGGUUUCACUUAUCUGAAUCCUUACGUUGGAAUGGUUUUAAUGGGUAUCUCAUAUUCGAUGUUAGCGAGUAGUUUAUGGCCUCUUGUUGCAUUAAUUGUACCUGAAUAUCAAUUGGGUACCGCCUAUGGCAUCUGCCAAUCAGUGCAAAAUCUAGGACUUGCCGUUGUUAGUAUUAUAGCUGGAGCCAUUUUGGAUGCAUGUGACCAAGAUUUUACUUGGUUGGAGAUAUUUUUCAUUGGCUGGUUGACGGUUGCCUUACUUUCAACUUUCGUCAUAUUCUUUUAUGAUAAGCGAACUCGAGGGAAUUUAAAUAUGACCCCAAGACAAAGGGUCACUUUUGCAGAGGCAAUCACAUCAAGUGCGACCGAUCGACUAAUCGGUAGUGCAUCCGUAGACGUGGUCAACCCCGAUGACAUGGGUUCCGGAAAUGAUAGUCCAGUGGCACGACAUCGCAACAACCGAGGUGCAAGAGAUCCUGAGAGUGAUCAAGAACCAUUAUUAAAUUAACUUUUAUUACAUUCGACUGUAAUUAGGGAAUACAUUUAAUUAAGGAUUUGGUGAUUUGCAGGAGAGAGAUAUAGUUGAUGUGUAUGGAAUAGCGGGCGUAAGAGGGAUUAGGGUUUCCGAUUUGAAACAAAUUCCAGACAUGACUGUGACUGUAGAGCGAGAAUGUUGUAAUUGUAAUAAAUAAGGUAAAAAAUCGUUCUCACUGAAGUCGAUAUUGAAUUCUCAUUGUUUGGCUUGUAUAUAAGAACUCCAGAAAUAGCUUUUUAACGCCAUCUCGCUUAAAUGAGUGUAAAAAGCUUAACUUAUAUUUCCGUUAAUAUGAGAUAUUUAUCGUUUUGAGAUCGUGUUAAUAGUGAAGAAAAGUGUAAUAAAAUAUCAAAAUAACAGUCCCCUAACCAGUAAUAAAGAAUAUAUCAAAUAGAGUCAGACAUCUAUGGCAAACCGUGUGUAUAUUCUCAUGAUAAUGUUAAAAUUAAACUAAUUUUUACCUAGAUGUAUUUAUAUAUUAUAUUUUUUUAUUGUUUUAAAGUUUCUAACUAAGUUACACACUAAAGAAAAAAAAAAAGAACAGUAUAAACAUUGUUUCCUAGACAAUUUUUCUAAAUGUAUAUUCAAAAGGUAAUUGUAUUGCACGUUACUGUUGCCCAAUUGCAUUGAUGUUUUUAUUUUUUACAAUGUACAAUCUGAAUAAAAAUUUAUCAAACAAA